AAGAAGUCGCCGCUCACCACGGCUGAAUUACAGAUUGCUGAAGCCGUUGCUCUGGUAGAUACCCUUCAGAACUGGACAGUUUUAGAUAAAAUAAUUAUUCCCACAAAAAAUCCUGACAAGAAGUUUGUUUUCGGCAAAGGAAACUUUGAAGUUUUGACAGAAAAGAUUAAAAAAUUGCCCCAUGUGACAGCUGUCUUCCUGAAUGUGGAAAGAGUAUCUUCAGUAACCAAGAAAGAACUAGAAGAUGCCUGGGGCGUGAAAGUCUUCGACAGAUACACAGUUGUACUUCACAUUUUUCGUUGUAAUGCCCGGACCAAAGAAGCAAGACUUCAGAUAGCAUUGGCUGAAAUUCCACUUCUCAGGUCAAAUCUGAAGACCGAGGUGUCUCAGCUAGAUCAGCAGAGAGGUGGAUCGAGAUACAUCAUGGGCUCGGGUGAAACAUUCAUGGAGACGCAGAGUCGUAUCUUGAAAGAAAAAGAACUUAAAAUUAGGAAUGCCCUGGAGAAACUAAGGAGAAAAAGGUCUUUACUUAGAACUCAGCGCAGAAAACGCCAGUUUCCAAUUAUCUCAGUCAUGGGCUAUACUAAUUGUGGAAAAACGACCUUGAUCAAAGCCUUGACAGGGGAAGCAGGACUUCAACCCAGAGAUCAGCUCUUUGCCACUCUUGAUAUUACAGCCCAUGCUGGCUAUCUGCCCUCACAUAUGGCAGUUAUUUAUGUUGACACCAUUGGGUUCUUGACUGAUCUUCCACAUAGUCUGGUUGAGUCCUUUUCAGCGACGUUAGAAGAAGUGGCUUACUCGGAUCUGAUAGUUCACGUGAGGGAUAUUACUCAUCCAGAAACCAUCCUCCAAAAAGCAACUGUUCUGUCAGUUCUGAAGAAUCUUAAUCUUCCCAGCCAUUUAUUGGACUCAGUGGUAGAAGUUCAUAACAAAGUGGAUUUGAUAGAAAGGUAUAAACCCACUGAGGAAGGUGCUUUAGCCAUUUCUGCUCUACAUGGACAUGGUUUAGAAGAGCUGAAAGAAAAAAUAGAGAAAAAAAUUUUGGCAGCAACAGGGAAGAAGAUUCUGGCACUUAACAUCAACUUAGAGGGACCUCAGCUAAGUUGGCUCUAUAAAGAAGCAACAGUUCAGGAAGUAGAAGUCAUGCCUGAAGAUGGCACAGCCAGGGUGAAGGUGAUAAUCAGCAAUUCUGCUUUUGGAAGAUACAAAAACCUCUUUCCCAACAGUAAGAUUUUUCUGCCAUGAAACUGCAUCUUCCUCUAGGAAAAGAAACUGAUCUCACUAAGAGGAUGUGAAAUGGCCUUAAUGACCUGUUAACCUGGGUGUUGAAAAGUAUAUUUUUUUCUCCAGUUGAUGGUUUUGAUGCAUUUUAGAAAUG